AUGAAUGCACGAAUGGAUUUCACAGACCGAGCCCAAAAGGCCGUGGAGGAUGCCAUGCAUCUGGCCGAACAAUACGCACACUCACAACUGGUUCCCGUCCACCUGGCCGUCUCGCUACUCGAACCCCCCAUCGACCAAUCCAAAGAUCAGCAAAAUGCCCCUCCAGGCGCCAUCGCGACGAUGUUCCGCCAAGUCAUCGAGAGAGCUCACGGCGACCCUCAACUCUUUGACCGUGCUUUGAAGAAGACACUGGUGCGCCUGCCGAGCCAGGAUCCUCCCCCAGAGCAGGUCUCUCUCUCGCCGCAGUUCCACGCGGUGCUGCGCAAGGCUAUGGAGCUCCAAAAGGUCCAAAAAGACACCUAUAUCGGUGUCGACCAUCUCAUCACAGCCCUCUCCGAGGAAGCCCCUAUCCAGGCGUCACUCCGCGAGGCCAACAUACCGAAGCCAAAGAUGAUUCAGGACGCCGUCCAGGCCAUCCGCGGCACAAAACGAGUCGACAGCAAAACCGCCGACACCGAGCAAGAGAACGAGAAUCUGGCAAAGUUCACCAUCGACAUGACGGCCAUGGCCCGCGAAAAGAAGAUCGACCCUGUUAUCGGCCGAGAAGAAGAGAUUCGCCGGGUCAUCCGCAUUCUGUCUCGCCGCACCAAGAAUAACCCGGUUCUCAUCGGUGAGCCGGGUGUAGGAAAGACAACCGUCGUGGAGGGUCUUGCGCAGCGAAUCGUUAUUCGCGACGUUCCAGACAACCUGAAGAGCUGCAGACUGCUCUCGCUCGAUGUUGGUGCGCUCGUUGCCGGCUCCAAGUUUCGCGGUGAAUUCGAAGAGAGGAUGAAGGGUGUCCUGAAAGAGAUUGAGGCAUCCAAGGAAAUGAUUGUCCUCUUCGUCGACGAAAUCCAUCUUCUCAUGGGUGCCGGAUCCUCUGGGGAAGGCGGAAUGGAUGCCGCCAACCUCUUGAAGCCUAUGCUGGCUCGUGGCCAGUUACACUGCAUCGGUGCUACCACGCUUGCCGAGUACCGAAAGUACGUUGAAAAGGACGCCGCCUUUGAGCGUCGUUUCCAGCAGGUUCUCGUCAAGGAGCCCACCAUCCCCGAGACCAUUUCCAUCCUUCGUGGUCUCAAGGAGAGAUACGACCGCCACCAUCGCGUCACGAUCAAGGACAACGCUCUCGUUGCCGCCGCCAACUUGGCCGCUAGAUAUCUUACUACUCGCAGACUCCCUGAUUCAGCUAUUGACCUGGUGGACGAGGCUGCUGCGGCCGUGCAGGUUGCGCGCGAAUCUCGACCCGAGAUUAUCGAUUCCAACGAACGCAAGCUGAGCCAACUCAUGAUUGAAAUCGCCGCUCUCGAGAAGGAGCACGAUGAAGCGUCGCAGAGCCGUCUCAUGCAAGCAAAGAAGGAAGCCAAGAACGUCGAGGAAGAACUCGAGCCACUCCGCGAAAAGUACCAAAACGAAAUCAAGCGAAGCGAAGACAUUCACAAUGCCAAGGUCAAGCUCGACGACCUGGAGAAGCGCCUCGAAGAUGCUAUGAACAACGGAGAGCACGCCAAAGCCGCCGAUCUCAAGUACGGAGCCAUUCCUGACCAGCAAGAUGUCAUCAAGCGGCUGGAGGUCAAGAAGGCCGCGGCGGAUGCUGCCCUAAACGAAUCCAACGCCGACGCCGGCGGCUCCAUGGUCACCGACACCGUGGACGCUGACCAAAUCAACGAGAUUGUCGCACGCUGGACCGGAAUCCCCGUCACCCGCCUCCGCACAUCGGAGAAGGAGAAGCUCAUCCACAUGGAAAAGGCGCUGAGCAAGGUCGUCGUUGGCCAACGCGAGGCUGUCCAGUCCGUUGCCAACGCGAUCCGGCUGCAGCGCUCCGGGCUCUCCAACCCGAACCAGCCGCCCAGUUUCCUCUUCUGCGGCCCCUCUGGCACCGGCAAGACGCUGCUGACUAAGGCGUUGGCCGAGUUCCUCUUUGACGACAGCCGGGCCAUGAUCCGCUUCGACAUGUCCGAGUACCAGGAGCGGCACGCGCUCAGCCGCUUGAUUGGUGCGCCGCCGGGCUACGUGGGCCACGACGCAGGCGGGCAGCUGACCGAGGCACUGCGGCGAAAGCCCUUCUCCAUCCUCCUCUUUGACGAGGUCGAGAAGGCGGCCAAGGAGAUCCUGACGGUGAUGCUGCAGCUCAUGGACGACGGACGCAUCACCGACGGCCAGGGCCGCGUGGUCGACGCCAAGAAUUGCAUCGUCGUCAUGACGUCCAACCUGGGCGCCGAGUACCUGACGCGCCCCGGCACCAAGGAGGGCCGCGUGGACGCGCCGACGCGGGAGCUCGUCAUGGGCGCGCUGCGCAACUACUUCCUCCCCGAAUUUCUCAACCGUAUCAACUCGGUCGUCAUCUUCAACCGGCUGACGCGCCGCGAGAUCCGCAACAUCGUGGACCUGCGCAUCGCCGAGAUCCAGAAGCGCCUACAGGACAACGGGCGUAACGUGACGAUCGACGUGUCGGAGGAGGCCAAGGACUACCUGGGCAACGCGGGCUACUCGCCGGCGUACGGCGCGCGCCCACUUGCGCGCCUCAUCGAGCAGGAGGUGCUGAACAAGCUGGCGAUCCUGAUCCUGAGGAACAACGUGCGGGACAAGGAAACGGCGAGAGUGGAGCUGGAGGACGGGCGCAUCGUGGUGCUGCAGAACCAUCAGGACAGCGACCCGAGCGAGGACGAGGAGAUGAUGGACGAGGAGGACGCGGUCGACGAGCUGGACAUGGACGACGGGGACUUUUACGAUUAG